ACGAUCUUUGUGUGUAGAUCUGUUGGAGAAAAGCUCCUCUCCCGCGGACUGCUAUGAUAGAGCUACUGGACAACACUUUCUGUUUUCAGUGCCGACCUCCGCUUUUGGGACAGUUUAGUGACGGUUUUUUUUGGGGGGGGGUGGUGAACUCGUUCACAAAGAAAAACGUCGUUUAUGAGCGCUGUCCAGCCACUUCUUGUUGGUAGCUGCUGGCCUCUGAGGCUAGCUGGCUUAGCGGAACGGUGACCGAGUGGAGCCAGCUGGUCGGACGGAGAAACGGGAACGUUAGCGAGCAAGCUAAUUAGCCAGAAACACUGGGCUUGGAUUAUUGCCUUUAAUCAAACAUAGAGAGCAGGUUGUGCAGGCGCAAUUCACUGCGGCAAAGAUGAAAAUAACCGUGGACUUUGAGGAAUGUCUGAAAGACUCCCCACGCUUCAGAGCAACCAUAGAGGAAGUGGAGGGGGAUGUGUGUGAGUUGGAAUCCAAGCUUGACAAACUGGUGAAGUUGUGUAUUGGGAUGAUAGAUGCUGGAAAAGCCUACAACGCAGCCAACAAGCAAUUUGUCAACGGGAUCCGGGAGCUUGCCCAGCAGUCUGCCAAAGAUGAAGUCAUUGAGUCCAGCCUCACAAAGUUUGCCGAGAGUCUGCAGGAGAUGAUCAACUAUCACACGAUAUUGUUCGAUCAGGCGCAGAGAUCAAUCAAGACUCAGCUGCAAACAUUUGUGAAAGAUGAUCUGCGAAAGUUUAAAGAAGCCAAGAAACAGUUUGACAAAGUUAGUGAAGAAAAGGAGAAUGCGCUUAUCAAGAAUGCUCAGGCUCCUCGCAACAAGCAGCAUGAAGUAGAGGAGGCCACCAACAUCCUGACCGCCACACGCAAAUGCUUCCGACACAUUGUCCUCGACUACGUCUUACAGAUAAAUGUUCUACAGUCAAAGAGAAGAUCAGAAAUCCUGAAAUCGAUGCUGUCCUUCAUGUACGCCCAUCUGACUUUCUUCCAUCAAGGUUACGACCUCUUUAGUGAACUGCAACCUCUUAUGAAGCAGCUGGGUGGACAGUUGGACCAGCUGGUGGUCGAUGCUGCCAAGGAGAAGAGGGACAUGGAGCAGAAACACUCCACCAUCCAACAAAAGGCUGCACUCCAGGAUUUCUCAAAUGACGACACGAAGCUGGAGUAUAAUGUGGAUGCAGAUAAUGGCAUUGCAAUGGAGGGUUAUCUAUUCAAGAGGGCCAGUAACGCUUUCAAGACAUGGAACAGACGUUGGUUCUCCAUCCAAAACAAUCAGCUAGUUUACCAGAAGAAAUUUAAGGACAACCCGACAGUAGUGGUAGAAGACCUGAGGCUAUGUACAGUCAAGCACUGCGAGGACAUCGAGCGGCGCUUCUGCUUUGAAGUAGUUUCACCCACAAAGAGCUGCAUGAUGCAGGCCGACUCAGAGAAGCUGCGGCAGGCUUGGAUCAAAGCCGUCCAGAACAGUAUCGCCACCGCCUUCCGCGACAAGGGAGAUAGCGGCGAGAAGCUGGACAGGAAGUCAUCUACGUCAACAGGGAGUCUGGACUCCGGAGGAGAACCUAAGGAAAGGUCGCUGAAAGGAGAGAGCGCUCUGCAGAAGGUCCUGGCCAUUCCUGGCAACGCCUGCUGCUGUGACUGUGGCCAGCCGGACCCGCGCUGGGCCAGCAUCAACCUGGGCAUCACUCUCUGCAUCCAGUGCUCUGGUAUCCACAGGAGCCUGGGAGUGCAUUGCUCCAAGGUUCGGUCUUUAACUUUAGACUCAUGGGAGCCAGAACUGCUGAAGUUGAUGUGUGAACUGGGAAACAGAGUGAUCAACCAGAUAUAUGAAGCUCGACAAGAAGAACUAGGAGCCAGAAAACCACAGCCGGGAGACCCCAGACACGAGGUGGAGGCUUAUAUCAAAGCCAAAUACGUGGAUCGGCGUUUCGUCCGCCGGCCGUCAGAUGAGGAGCUUCGUAACAAGGUUGUUUCUCUGAGCAAAGAGGAGAAGAGGCUGAGCAGCAGCUCGGACCACCUGCCGCCUAAAGCACCUCCACCCACUCCCAAACUUCGGCCGGGCUCUCAUGCCGCUGGACAGUCAGCUGCUGCCUGCGGCAAAGAGGCCCGCCGCGACUCUCUCUUCUGUCCUGAUGAGCUUGACUCGCUCUUCUCCUACUUUGACACCUCCUCCAAGCUCAGGAGCAUGAAAAGUGCGGACAGCGGCAUUCAGAACAGCGCCGAUGGGAGCAGGGAGAUGCUGGCCACCACUCCGUCCAGUAACAGCCUGCCAGAUGCAGAAGCUGCAGAGUCUCCCCCGAUGCCCGCCACGCUCCCGACCGCGUCUCCCUGUAAGGAGGUGGUUUUCUUCGAGCCGAAGGAGUACAGCCCGGGUCUGCAGCUCUACUGGGCGUCCUUCAGCCGCAGCCUGCCGGACAUGGCCGAGGCUCUGGCCCACGGCGCCGAGGUCAACUGGGUCAACACCGAGGAGGACAAGAGGACGCCACUCAUCAUGGCAGUGCAUGGGGGCUCACUGGUCACCUGUGAGUUUCUGCUCCAAAACGCAGUGAAUGUGAACCAGCUGGACGCUCAGGGCAGAGGGCCGCUGCACCACGCCACCAUGCUGGGACACACGGGCCAAGUUUGUUUGUUCUUGAAAAGAGGAGCAAAUCAAAACGCCGCCGACAUCGACGAGAAGACGCCGCUGAGCAUAGCAGUGGAGGCGGCAAACGCAGAUAUUGUCACAUUAUUGCGGUUGGCCAAGAUGAACGAGGAGAUGCGGGAGGCGGAGGGACCCUACAACCCGUCAGGGGACGAAACCUACCAGGACAUCUUCCAGGACUUCACCCACAUGGCCUCCAAUGACCCGGACAAGCUGAACCGCUACCAGCAGUACGACCCUCAGAGACCCUGAUGCUGCAGUGCCGCCGCACUUAAAAAAAACCCCAAAAAACACAACUACGGGCCUGGAGUGACGUUGACUUUCCUUGCAGGAUCAUUCGGAAAGAAUCUCAUGUCACUUCUAGUUUUUGUAAGAGUCUGGUAGCACUUUGGUCAACUGAAUGGGGGG